AUGAUGCGAACUUCGUUGCUGCGCGCGGGCGCCCGAGCCUCGACACGACUCACAACCGUCCAGAGGGCUGCCGCCUCGUCCUACGCCAUCUCCAACCCAACUCUGGCCAACAUCGAGAAGCGAUGGGAGGGGAUGCCCAGCAAUGAGCAGGCUGAGCUCUGGAUGUUGCUACGUGACCGCAUGAAGGAGAACUGGGCUGAGCUCACGAUUCAAGAGAAGAAGGCUGCAUACUGGAUUGCUUUCGGCCCUCACGGCCCCCGAGCUCAAGCAUCCCCGGAUGAGGGGCGCAAGGUCGCUCUGUACGUCGCCCUUGGCGUAGGAGCCUCGUUCGUCAUCUUCACUACAGUCCGCAUGUUCGCCAAGGGCUCGCCCAGUACCAUGACCAAGGAGUACCAGGAGGCGUCCAACGAGUUCCUCAAGAACCAACGCGCAGACCCCUUCACUGGUGUCUCGUCUCCCGACUACAAGGGCAAGGGCAUGGUGCAGUCGCCGCCCAAGAGCAACUAA